AUUACAAUUAUAGAAAUAUUCAAAUCAGAUCAGAAAGAUUCAGAUCAGAUCAGAAACUUUCAGAUCAGAUCAGAAACAUUCAGAUCAGAUCAGAUCAGAUCAACAACAUUCAGAUCAGUUCAACAACAUUCAGAUCAGGUCAGAAAGAUUCAGAUCAGAUCAGAAAGAUUCAGAUCAGAUCAGAUCAGAAAGAUUCAGAUCAGAUCAGAUCAGAUCAGAAAAAUUCAGAUCAGAUCAGAACUUAAAAAAUUCAGAUCAGAAACAUUCAGAUCAGGUGAACGGAACAGCUUCUUAAUCAGUCAGACAAUUCACGAUUCACAACUUCUCCGCUCACCCGUGUUUUAUACUCCUCGCGAUUCAGUCAUUCGGACAUAUCAGCUUCCUUACAUAAUCAUGGGCUCAUGGCUUCUUCCUCCCAACAUUUCAUAUAUAGCUUCAAUUCUCCAAGUCGUAGAUAUAUCUUCCGAAACAAACCAGUGAGCUUUGUCGACUGGCGACCGCAGCUUAGCAGCAGGGGUAGCUUAUAAGGGGAGUUAGCCAAGGCAAAUGGCUUGGGCCUCAUAUUUUUAAAAUUAUUAUUAGUACGGAGCAUAAAAUAUACUCCGUAUAUUUUAAUUUUACUGGUUUGAACUUUGAAUUUUGAAAGAAAAGACAUCAUGUGUUUGAUAUAUUGAUAGUCCAAAGAUAGAUAAAGUGAUUUUAUUUAGCUCUAAUUAAUUAAGGCUCGUAGGCACGCCAAUCUAGCCACCAUAGUAAUUGAAGUAAUGUUUAAUUAGUUGGAUCACUUGGAUGGAAGUAGUUAUUUAGUUUUUAUUUUUUCAUUUUCACUGAUUAUGGUUGUAUUUGUGAUCUGUUGACUGCUUUAUUUUUUAUUUUUUGUAAGUAUGUUACGGGGGCAAACAAAAAUCAAGCACUGUAGGGAUUUAAAAUUUAGAAGUACUACUAAGAUUGUCUCA